UCUCAUUUUCCUCUUUCUGACUUUCUCUGAUUAUUUGCAAUUCAACAAAUCAGUUUCAUUUUGUGUUUUGCAUGUGUUCAAGUUGCUUUGAUUAAAGGUAGGUACUGACAUUAAAAUUAAAAACCUUUAAUUUUGUUAGUUUGUUUCUCUCUUGCGUUAAUUCCCCAUUUUCAAUGUUCAGUUUUUUGUUUAAGUCUUAAUUGAUUUUAGAUAUUAUUAAUGGGAUUUGGGUCCGGGCAGUAGAGUUAUUGAAACACGGCAAUUGAUGGUCUUUGGAUCCCAGUUUGAGCUGGCCCAGUCCAGUUUAGGUUUAAAAAGCCCACUGCUGGAAGCCUACUGCAGAAAGUUAAUAAAACAAAAGCAGUAAUUGAGCGAGUAAAAGAAAUUUGUAAUUAUCUAGAGUUUAGAGGGUAUUAAGGGAUUUUAACCUAAGGGAAUCUUUUCUGUUAUAACUAAAAGAAGGUUCUAGAAGAAAGAAAAGGUGGUCUCUCCAAAAAGAAAAUAGAAAUAAAUGAGAUUUUUGGGGUCUAAGAGUCAAUAACAAAAGUUAAAAAGGUGAGGGUGAAUUAGUAAAAUGGAGUUGUUGCCCUAUAAUCCCUUCUAUAAAAGGCUCAUUUUCAGUCAUUUUGAAGGGGUCUUAGACAGAAAAUAGAGUGAGACGGCUGCUAGAAAAUUUAGGUUCCAAAUCUGAGUUUUAAUAGCUGCAAAGACACUCCAAAAACAAAAAGAAAAUAGCCAAAAAGAGGGAUUAAAAGCUGCUUCUAACCUCUCUGGAUCCUUGCAUCAUUUCUGGGUUCAAAAGCUUGGUUUGAUUUGAAAGAAAUUGCUGGUUUUACUGCUGCUGUCACUCUGUUGUUUAGCUGGGAUUUGGAUUGUCUUCCUGAUUUCUGCUGCUGAUCUGUUUUAAGCUCGUUAAUUAGCUGUUUUCCUUGGCCUUUAUUUGGCAAGAGUUCAGCUCCAUUUACAAAUUUAGAGAUUAUCGGAGAAGUUCAAAAAGGAUAUGGAGGUAGAAUGUACUAGAAUACAUCAAAAAAUAGCUUUAUCAGAAAAAAGGAUUCAAAAUGACAUCAAGGCUUUAAAGAAAAACCUAAGAUCAAAGAUUGAUACUUUAUUGAAGCUUCUUGACAAACCUCAUGAAAAGACUAUAGAGAGAGAACCUAGUGUUCCAAUUAGCAAAGAUGCAGUUGAUGAUCAAUGUGAUGAUAUAGAUGUGCAUGUAGAAGAUCAUUAUGAAAGCGAUUAUAGAGAUGCGCAUCUAGAAGAUGAAACUGAUAUUGGCAUCGAAAUCGGGAAAAAAUCUUUUGAUGGAGUGCAAGUUCAAGAUGGAAUGGAAUGUCAAGACGAUCAGGAUUUAGAAAAUCUAUUAGGAACAAGUAUAAGUGAGAUUGUAUGCAAAUGUGUUGAAGAAAUAUAUGAUCUAUCUACACCUCUCUCACAUAAAGAGAAAUUUGGAAAUCAAAAUGAUGCCAAUCAAGAAUCUUUUGAAGCUGCAAGGAAAGAAGAUGGAGUGGACUAUCAAGAUAAUGAAAUUUCGAAAGAGAGAAGUGGAUGACAAUCUCAAGACAUAGAAAAUACCCAAGGGUCAAGCAUAAGUGAGAUUGUUUGCAAAUGUAUAGAAGGAACGUAUGAUAUCUCUACACCUCUCUCUCUUACAGACAAUAUUGGAAGCCAAAAAAAUGCUAGUCAAGAUAGUGAUUUAACUGGCAUGAUCUUGACAGUUGCAAAAGAAUCUUGUGAACUUGCAAUCGAAGAACAUGGAGAACAGUUGCAAGAUAAAGAAAAUGCAAUCAAUAUGUUACCUCCAUUGUCUGUUAAAGAAAUACAAGAAGGCAACGUGGCCAACACAGAGCAAAACAAAAAUGAAGCCGUUAACCAAUAUACUAGGAAAAUGAAGAGAGAUAGUAUUGGUUUUGAUGGUCUAUCAUUUACUAUUCUUACUCCUACUCCUCCGACUACACAAAUGAGCAUUGAUGAGGGUUUGUCUAUGGAGGUUGAAGGAAAUGUUGAAGAAGAGCUUGGUCGAGGGAAAAGGAAUAAGAAGCUUAGUUGGCAAUUGAAAUCUCCUUUUGAACAGAAAAGAAAAAGAGGAACAUCGAUGGCACACAAUGAAAAUACUCCUAAGUAUACAGGCUGGAUAAAAUCAAAAUAUACUCGUACAUGUAUUUUUCAUUAUGCCAAAGAUGAUGAAAACUUAUUGAAGAAAUUCAUUGGGUGGUUGGGCAAGGAGAAAAGGAAAGGUCGCAAAAAAGUGGGACAAACUGAUAUAUAUGCUGAGGAUAAUGGUGUGAGAAAGAAUCCAUAUAAAUCGUACCAUCAAAAAAUCAAUAGAAAAAUGUUCUUCCUUGAGCUUGCAGAUAGUAGCUUUGUACUUGAUGAUAAGCAUAUUGACAUUGCCCUGUAUUAUUUGAGAAAGAAGGAAUGCUACCACCCUUGCGCCCAUCCUUAUCGUUGCACAACUACAGAUAUACUUUUUGAUAACUAUAUGCUAAUUGUGUAUAAGGAUUUCAAUGAAGAUACUUCAGAUUUAUUUUGAUGUGAUGAUAAUUAGUUGGUUCUCACACCAUAUGUGUGGGGUGACAAUCGUAGAUGUGGAAUUGCUUGGACAGAGGUUGACAAAAUCUUUUUUCCAUGUCGGCUUCCUUCAGAAGAUAAUGAUGUUGUGACACAUUUUCUUUUGGGGGUAUGAGAGAAAGUUUGAUGUGUACGAUUCCAUAUAUAGUGAGCCAUAUGAGCAAGGAAUGAAACACAUUGAAAUGUACGCAUGCAUGAUCCCCACUUGCUAAAGUUCUCACAGUUUGAGAAAAAUCACAAAUCUUUUGGAAAUGCAUUCAACAAAUUUGAUAUUCGGUGGCAAAGAUCACCGCACCAAACUGGAUCGACUGAUUGUGGUGCAUUCCUAAUCAAGUAUGUGGAGUUGUUGAUGAUGGAAAAGGAUGUGGAAAAAUUCCAACCUGAGGACAUAUCAAACUUCAGAAAAGAACUUGCAGCAAAUCUUUGGGCACAUGAAGAGUGGAAAAGAAAUUCUGGUUAUGAUACACCACCAAAAAAUGUCGGUGACGAUUAUGAUAGUGAAAAUAAAACUUCCUGCCCAGAGGAGAUGUAGUGUAGUUGUAAAGAAAGUCAGCUGUAGUGAAAUUGGUAUAAAAUUGUUGUAAAGAAUCCAUAUGAAUUCUGAAAUAUCCUGUAAAUUGUCACAAGGCACUUUAUUUUGUUUGCAUAGCAUAAAUAUUUGGUCACAGCUAUGCUAAAUUACAGUUUCAGCAGUAAUAUG